ACGAAUCCUAAAUCUAAACUAUCUAAAGUUAGUAAAAUAAGAACAGAAGCAAAGCAAUUUUUUUAAUGUUAGGGGUUUACAAGAAAUUAGAAGUAUAAGAGGUAAAUAUGAAAAUUCAUUCUGUUAAAGUUCCUCGUUUGUAUAAAGUAGCGGCUGAGGUAGCUAAAGAAGUGGGCGAAGGAAUAGGAAGUAUAAAAACACUUGUAUAUGAAAAGAAAAAAAAGCAUCCUAAUAUCAAAGCUAUAUAUGCAAUUGUAUCGACACUUUUUCAAAAAUAUGAGGAAAUAGAAACUCUAUUAAAGAGAUCACAGCUUUUAAUUAAAGAAACUAAGCUUAAUCCAUGGCUGGCAAAAGUUUUAAUAGUGGAAUUAUUAUGGGGUAAAACGUACCUUCCAGGACAGAGCAAGCCCGAAAAUACAAUUCGUGCAUAUGAACAAAUAUUUAAAGCACAUUUAAGUGACUCUAAGGUUAAAGAAAUUGAACACAAAGAAAAUGACAAUAAACCACGGUAUGUUCGGAUAAAUACUUUAAUUUCCAAUUUAACAGAAGCAGUAGAAUCAUUUCGUGAAGAAGGAUGGGUGCUGAAUAGAUUCUUAAAUAAAAAUGAUUACAAAGGAUUUUUAGAAACAGUUUCAUCUUUAAAGGGGAGAGAAUUUAUGAUAGACAUUCAUGUUCCCAAUCUGCUAGUUUUUCCUCCUAAAACCGAAUUUUAUCAACACCCAGCUUAUAAGAAUGGAUCAAUUAUUUUACAAGAUAAAGCAAGCUGUUUACCUGUUCACAUUUUGAAUCCACCGCCCGGUAGCACAGUCUUAGAUAUGUGUGCCGCUCCUGGUAUGAAAACUACACACUUAGCUGCGGUCCUAAAUGAUCAAGGUACUGUGUAUGCUACUGAAAGAAAUCCAAGACGUUUUGAAGUUCUCAAUAAUAUUGUAUUUGCAUCUGGAGCGAAUUGUAUAAAAACUUUUAAUAAGGAUGUGCUGGAUUGUACAAAAGCUGAUUUUCCUGAUGUGGAAUACAUUUUGGUAGAUCCUAGUUGUUCUGGAACAGGAAUGGCAGAUCGUCCUCAGGAAAACGAAAUCACGCCCUCGAGGUUGUCAAGCCUGACUGGAUUUCAAAUAAAAAUUCUUCGACAUGCCCUUACUAAAUUUCCAAGUGCCAAAAGAGUUGUUUAUUCUACAUGUUCAAUAAUGUCUGAAGAAAACGAAGAUGUUGUGCGCCAAGUAUUGGAAACAAAUUACAAUUUUAAGUUAAUUUCAGCUAGUCAAUUUGUUGGUGAAACAUGGCAUAGUUUCGGUUCAUCCGAUUAUGGAGAUAUAGGAAAGUUCUGUCUGUAUGCAAAACCUCAUUCUGAUUAUACUAAUGGAUUUUUCGUAGCGAUCUUUGAGAGAUUACAGGAAGCUGAAGAAAAUCAAUUUUUCAAUACUAGAAUCUUUAAUUUUAAAAAGCAUGUCCAAGAAAACGAAAAAUGGAAGUUAAAGAAACAAAGAAAAUAUAAACAGAAUUUAAUCGAUAAAGAAUUUAGUAAAAACGACGUUCAUCAAACACAAGAUAAAAAUGAAAAGAAGAACAUACAAAAUGUUUAUAUAAAUGAAGAUUGCGAACAAAACGAUAAAUGUAAUGAUUCAAAAAAUCCCAAUCAGAAUGAAGUUAUUCCGAAAUAUAAACAAAAAAAGAAGAAAAAUUAUACAGGUGAUGCUUUAACCGAAAAAAUAUAUAUACUAGAUAACACUGCAAGUGACAGGAAGAUACGGAAGUAUGAUGAAGAAUCAGAGAAAUAUGAGAAGAUAGGUAUAUUACAAAAUGGAGACAAUCAGAAAAUAAAAAGAAAAAAGGGGUUAACAAAAAGCGAGAUAUCUUCGGUAGCAGGUCAUGAUAAUUUGGAAAGUAUACAAUUAAAAAAAUUGAAAAAUAAGACGACUAAAUCGUUUGAAAGAUUAGAAAAUCUAACACAAGAACGUAUUGAUCAAAAAUCAAUUAUUUCAAACAAUAAAAAGAGUAAAAAGUUCAAACAAGCAGAAGUUGCUCUAGAACGAGGUAUUGUCAUAAAUGAUCGGCUUGUAGCAGUUAAAAGUGAAUCAAAAAUCAAUACAAAAAAGAACAAAGAACAAAAUAAUGUUUACGAAAUGAUAAAUGUAGAUAAAAAAAAAUAAUUUCAAAAAAAGAAAAAAAAAGUAAUUUUGUGAAUUAGCAACUAAAUACAUAAAUAAAUAAAGUUUUAAAUG